AUGAGUAACGCGGCAGUGAAACGUGGUGAACGGGAGCAGGCGAUCAAGUUGGCGAUUAUUGCCAUUAAGUUUGGCAAGUCGUUACGGGCAGCUGCUGGAGAGUAUGGUAUACCCCGUACCACCUUGCUUCGCCACAAGCGGUUAAACACUGGCCUGAUGGUGCAAGCGGACCCGCUACAUCCUACGAUAUCGAUGGAGGAUGUGCAAAUUUGUAAGCGCGGAAGACCACCGUUGUUCCCCAAGGAACCAGAACGGGCAUUCGAAAAGUAUUGCUUGCUAUGCUCGGACAAGUUCUUCGGUCUAACAUCCAGAGACAUUCGUGUGCUUGCACCACAAUUCGCGAACCAGCUGGGGAUUCCGGUUCCCGACAAUUGGAUCGCGAACGCAAAGGCAGGCCCUGUUUGGUUUCGGAACUUUCUGCGCCGAAGGCCGAACCUGUCGAUGCGUUCACCCGAGGCGACCAGCAUAGCCAGAGUCUCUGCUUUUAAUCCCACAAAUGUGGGCAAGUUUUUCGAUCUUCUACGCACAGUAGCCGAGAAUAUAACGUUCGAACCAAAUUCCAUCUGGAAUCUGGACGAGACUGGAGUGACAACAGUUCAGAAACCUCAACGAGUUGCUAGUCGCCGUGGAGUCAAACGUGUUGGUCGAGUAACUUCGGCCGAUCGGGGCCCGUUGGUUACGAUGGUACUUGCGGUUUCCGCCACUGGCAAUAAAAUGCCACCAUUUUUCGUUUUUCCUCGAAAACGUUUCCAUCCACACUUUCUGGAUGGUGGUCCAACGGGAUGCGCUGGAGCGGUGAGUAAUACAGGGUGGAUGAAUGCAGAUAUUUAUCUGGAUGUUCUCCGACACUUUAAAGCAUUUACGCGAGUGUCCAAAGAAAACCCGCUUUUGUUGAUUGUGGACAACCACGGUUCACACAGAAGUCUACCUGCAAUCGAGUUUUGCAGGGAUAAUGGCAUUCACCUACUUACAAUACCACCCCAUUGCUCUCACCGCUUACAACCCUUGGACGUGAGUGUGUUUUCGCCGUUCAAACACGCAAUGAAUGUGCUGUGCGACGAAUGGACAUACAGGCAUCCCGGAAAGCCGAUGUCUAUUUUUGACCUUCCGGCUAUCAUCGACAGCGCUCUCGAACGGAGUGCCACGGAGCGAAACAUCAAGGCCGGGUUCCGGGCAUCAGGUAUUUGGCCCUUCAACCCGGAUGUAUUCACUGCAUUGGAUUAUGCUCCAUCAUCAGUGACAGGACCUUCCUUGGUUGACGAAAUAAUACCAGGAUCACUGCUGGACACUCUUUGCAGAAUCAGACCAAUCCCGCGGGCACCACCGCGUGCUACAGGCAGACGAGGACGAAAACCUGGACGAGCUGCUAUACUGACGGACCCCGCUGAAAUCGCUCUGAUGGAACAAAACAUACAAGCGAAGGGAGUAGCCCGACCCACUCAACGGCGAGUAGGCCGACCACGUAAAGCAACUGUGCAGUUUCAUAGCCUCGUUAGUGCACCACCAAGACCAACGAUAGUGGUGAUAAAGAGACCACCUGGAAGACCCCGCAAAUCGGAAGCGAUCAAGUUGGCGAUUAUUGCCAUUAAGUUUGGCAAGUCGUUACGGGCAGCUGCUGGAGAGUAUGGUAUACCCCGUACCACCUUGCUUCGCCACAAGCGGUUAAACACUGGCCUGAUGGUGCAAGCGGACCCGCUACAUCCUACGAUAUCGAUGGAGGAUGUGCAAAUUUGUAAGCGCGGAAGACCACCGUUGUUCCCCAAGGAACCAGAACGGGCAUUCGAAAAGUAUUGCUUGCUAUGCUCGGACAAGUUCUUCGGUCUAACAUCCAGAGACAUUCGUGUGCUUGCACCACAAUUCGCGAACCAGCUGGGGAUUCCGGUUCCCGACAAUUGGAUCGCGAACGCAAAGGCAGGCCCUGUUUGGUUUCGGAACUUUCUGCGCCGAAGGCCGAACCUGUCGAUGCGUUCACCCGAGGCGACCAGCAUAGCCAGAGUCUCUGCUUUUAAUCCCACAAAUGUGGGCAAGUUUUUCGAUCUUCUACGCACAGUAGCCGAGAAUAUAACGUUCGAACCAAAUUCCAUCUGGAAUCUGGACGAGACUGGAGUGACAACAGUUCAGAAACCUCAACGAGUUGCUAGUCGCCGUGGAGUCAAACGUGUUGGUCGAGUAACUUCGGCCGAUCGGGGCCCGUUGGUUACGAUGGUACUUGCGGUUUCCGCCACUGGCAAUAAAAUGCCACCAUUUUUCGUUUUUCCUCGAAAACGUUUCCAUCCACACUUUCUGGAUGGUGGUCCAACGGGAUGCGCUGGAGCGGUGAGUAAUACAGGGUGGAUGAAUGCAGAUAUUUAUCUGGAUGUUCUCCGACACUUUAAAGCAUUUACGCGAGUGUCCAAAGAAAACCCGCUUUUGUUGAUUGUGGACAACCACGGUUCACACAGAAGUCUACCUGCAAUCGAGUUUUGCAGGGAUAAUGGCAUUCACCUACUUACAAUACCACCCCAUUGCUCUCACCGCUUACAACCCUUGGACGUGAGUGUGUUUUCGCCGUUCAAACACGCAAUGAAUGUGCUGUGCGACGAAUGGACAUACAGGCAUCCCGGAAAGCCGAUGUCUAUUUUUGACCUUCCGGCUAUCAUCGACAGCGCUCUCGAACGGAGUGCCACGGAGCGAAACAUCAAGGCCGGGUUCCGGGCAUCAGGUAUUUGGCCCUUCAACCCGGAUGUAUUCACUGCAUUGGAUUAUGCUCCAUCAUCAGUGACAGGACCUUCCUUGGUUGACGAAAUAAUACCAGGAUCACUGCUGGACACUCUUUGCAGAAUCAGACCAAUCCCGCGGGCACCACCGCGUGCUACAGGCAGACGAGGACGAAAACCUGGACGAGCUGCUAUACUGACGGACCCCGCUGAAAUCGCUCUGAUGGAACAAAACAUACAAGCGAAGGGAGUAGCCCGACCCACUCAACGGCGAGUAGGCCGACCACGUAAAGCAACUGUGCAGUUUCAUAGCCUCGUUAGUGCACCACCAAGACCAACGAUAGUGGUGAUAAAGAGACCACCUGGAAGACCCCGCAAAUCACAGGCUGCAGCGGAUAAGAGGCCCGUUGGCCGACCCCGCAAGCCUCCAGUCGUUAUACUAAAAAGGCCUGUUGGCCGACCUCCAAAGUCACUAGCCAUUGCUAAGAGGCCCGUUGGCCGACCACCAAAGUAUCCAACCAUUGCUAAGAGGCCCGUUGGCCGACCACCAAAGUAUCCAACCAUUGCUAAGAGGCCCGUUGGGCGACCUGCUCAAAGUAAAGGCACUGCCAAGAGGCCCGUUGGCCGCCCACGCAAGAUUAAGAGGCCUGUUGGUAGGCCACCGAAACAACCAGCAACCAAAAUAAGACAUGAAUCUGAAUAAAUAAAAUUAAUCUCAUGUCAAAUUAUUUUAGUUUUUCUUAAUCAGAACAGGUCCGCAUUAGAUCACU